AUGCAGUACGUGCGAAACCUCAGCGACUCGGUUUCCACGGCCUGGAAUUCCAUCAACCCGGCCACUCUCAGCGGUGCCAUUGACGUGAUUGUCGUCGAGCGCGAUGACGGCACCUUGGCUUGCUCGCCCUUCCAUGUCCGCUUUGGCAAGUUUUCGCUCCUGCGCCCGUACGAGAAGAAGGUCGAGUUCCGCAUCAAUGGCACCAAGCAGCCCUACUCCAUGAAGCUGGGCGAGGGCGGCGAGGCCUUCUUUGUCUUUGAGACUUCUGAUUCUAUCCCGGAAUCUAUGCAAACAUCCCCGCUGGUUUCUCCGGCAAGCAGCCCGCCUUUUGGACCGGCAGAUGCCUCGGGAGCCCUGCAAGAGCCGGAUACUCUAGAGCUUGACGGAGAGCCAGCAAAGGCCCGUCGCCCGUCACCCGCCAUUAUCCAGCCUGAUGAGAACGUCACAGGCAUGAUUACGCCUCUAUCGUCCUCACCUCCACUCUCAAGCUCACAUCCUGGCCCUGGCGGUGACUGGCGCCAAGCCUUUGACCGACCUCACAGCGACGACAUCUUGAGAAAAACGACACGACAUCAUGACGAAGCCAUUUCGGACAACGAAAGCCCUUCCGAGUCUGAAAGGUCACAUAGCCCUCCGAUCCUUGGACCCACGGAGGCUAUUGCACGCGCUAGGGCGUUAUCCAAGGGACUGUCUGCGGUCAACAUUCCAACUCACAUUACCGAGACGGGAGAUCUUAUGCUAGACAUGACGGGCUUCAAGAGCAACGAGGAAGACAUGCUUCGUGCUGAAGUCCUUGCACGCAACAUUCUUUCUGAGGAAAUGGACGGCAACUAUGAUAUCGGAGCCUUGUUUGGGUUUGAUGAAGAGGGCAACCUUUGGGUCUACAGUAGCGAAGACGCCAAGCAGGCCGCUAUGAACAAGACUAUUGAGUCGUCAUUGCAAGCACACCGCCGUGCGGUUGCUGCCGACGCCAUAUCGGAUCCGGGCUACCAAAAGUCUGAUGCUGGUCCUGGCGGCAUGCACACGCCCCCUCGAAGCCCGACCGGCUCCCUUCAGCCCCCCAAGAGCUACGCCAAGACCCUUCGAUUGACUAGCGAUCAGUUGAAGGACAUGAGCCUAAAGUACGGAGAGAACUCGAUGAGCUUCACAGUCAACCGAGCAACGUGCGCGGCCAACCUGUAUCUGUGGAAGCACGAUACGCCCGUGGUCAUUUCGGAUAUUGACGGCACCAUCACCAAGUCGGAUGCCCUUGGUCAUGUGCUCAACAUGAUUGGCCGAGACUGGACUCACUCUGGCAUCGCAAAGCUCUAUAGCGAUAUUGCCCUGAACGGAUACAACAUCAUGUACCUGACGAGUCGCUCCGUCGGACAGGCCGACACGACUCGGGCCUAUCUGAACAACAUUGUCCAGGAGGGCUUCAAAAUGCCCCACGGCCCAACCAUUCUGUCUCCCGAUCGAACCAUGGCUGCGCUGCGUCGCGAGGUCUAUCUACGAAAGCCUCACGUGUUCAAGAUGGCAACCCUACGGGACAUUCGAAACCUGUAUGGACCCGACGGUGGUCCUUUCUACGCCGGGUUUGGCAACCGUCUCACAGACCAAAUUUCCUACCGAACGGUGGAUGUACCGCGAACCCGCAUCUUCACCAUCAACUCCAACUCAGAAGUAUCGCUUGACCUCCUGAGUCUUAACAAACUCAAGAUGACCUAUGUCAAUAUUAAUGAGGUUGUGGACCACUAUUUCCCCCCUGUCGAUACCCUGAUUGAUGAUUUCUCGGCUAGCGAUAGCGACGAUGAUGACCAGGGUAGCACUUACACUGAUGAGGAGGGGGAUGAUGAAGAGGAAGAGGAGGAGGAAGAAGAAGACGAUGAAGAGGUUGGCGAAGGGCUCGCAGACAGCUACAUCUCGCACGAGGACUACGAGGGCGACGACAUUCUCGAGAGCAUCGAGAAUGAUUAUGCCGACGACGAGGAGAAUUACGAAGAUGAAGAUGCCGAGGCAUCGGACGAUGAAACCCGGGUGGUGGAAGAUGUCCCAGCCGAGAUAAUCACUGGGAAUAUUUCCGGCGCCGUCGAGCAGGAGCACGACCUGCCAGCUGUCGAGGUACCCGUCGAGAUCCGAACACCCACGCCGUCGUAA